AUGUGGCGAAUUAUUUGUGUAACGUUACUGGUGUCGCUUUGGUCAAAUGCGAAUGCACAAGAAUAUUUACCACCCAAGAUCGGAGGUCCGAAGAAACCUAUACAGGAACCGACGUUGCCAGCUAACUACGACUUCUCGUACGACGUACAAGACAAUGGAGUUAGCUUGGACUUCGGGCAUAACGAGAAGAGGAAGGAGGACCAUGCGACUGGUUCCUACCACGUGCUGCUGCCCGACGGCAGAAUGCAGCUCGUGGAGUACGAGGCUGGGCCCGACGGGUACAAGCCACAGGUGAUGUACAUGGGCACAGCGACGUACCCACCGGCUGGCGGGGCCUCGGACAAGUUCGACGGGUACCAUUACAACGCGGCCUCGAAUAGACAGAGUGUGAGGCAGGCGGCGCCGCGGGGCAGCUCACGUCAGCCCGCCGCGCCAGCGCCCCUGUCAGCACCACCACCGCACUCCGCAUCACCUAACGCCACCCAGUAAACUACUACUACUUCGAACCAUACUACCGACCUAGCUGAAUAAAAAAAUACGAAUAUAUGCUUACCCAAUUACCGAUUAUCUACUUAGUUUCACACUUUGUGCGAAUUGUAAUUUAUAUUUUACCAAAUGCCAAAUCCAUGUACGAUGUUCACCCGACUGACUUGCUAUGUUUCUUGAUUUUGGAAUGUAAUGAAUAAUAAAUAAAUAAAGAAUUGAAUAAAUCGUCAAAUGACAAUAAAAAAUGUAAAAAAUAUUUUAUCCUGUA